CGUCUCCGGGCAGAUCGCAAUGGAAGAAGAAAUCGCCGCGCUCGUCAUCGACAAUGGCUCCGGCAUGUGCAAAGCUGGCUUUGCUGGGGACGACGCCCCCCGAGCCGUGUUCCCCUCCAUCGUCGGGCGCCCUCGGCACCAGGGCGUGAUGGUGGGCAUGGGCCAGAAGGACUCGUACGUGGGCGACGAGGCCCAGAGCAAGCGCGGUAUCCUGACCCUGAAGUACCCCAUUGAGCACGGCAUCGUCACCAACUGGGACGACAUGGAGAAGAUCUGGCACCACACCUUCUACAACGAGCUGCGCGUGGCUCCUGAGGAGCACCCCGUGCUGCUGACCGAGGCCCCGCUGAACCCCAAGGCCAACAGGGAGAAGAUGACUCAGAUCAUGUUCGAGACCUUCAACACUCCCGCCAUGUAUGUGGCCAUCCAGGCCGUGCUGUCCUUGUACGCCUCUGGUCGCACUACUGGUAUUGUCAUGGACUCCGGAGACGGUGUUACCCACACGGUGCCCAUUUAUGAGGGCUACGCCCUCCCCCAUGCCAUCCUGCGUCUGGACCUGGCUGGCCGGGACCUGACCGACUACCUCAUGAAGAUCCUCACAGAGCGUGGCUACAGCUUCACUACCACGGCCGAGCGGGAGAUUGUGCGUGACAUCAAGGAGAAGCUGUGCUACGUUGCUCUGGACUUCGAGCAGGAGAUGGCCACCGCUGCAUCCUCCUCCUCCCUGGAGAAGAGUUACGAGCUGCCUGAUGGCCAGGUGAUCACCAUCGGAAAUGAGCGGUUCCGGUGUCCAGAGGCACUCUUCCAGCCCUCCUUCCUGGGUAUGGAAUCCUGUGGCAUCCAUGAGACCACCUUCAAUUCAAUCAUGAAGUGUGACGUGGACAUCCGCAAGGACCUGUAUGCCAACACGGUGCUGUCUGGCGGCACCACCAUGUACCCGGGUAUCGCAGACAGGAUGCAGAAGGAGAUCACUGCCUUGGCACCCAGCACCAUGAAGAUCAAGAUCAUUGCCCCCCCUGAGCGCAAGUACUCUGUGUGGAUCGGCGGCUCCAUCCUGGCCUCGCUGUCCACCUUCCAGCAGAUGUGGAUCAGCAAGCAGGAGUAUGACGAGUCGGGCCCCUCCAUCGUCCACCGCAAAUGCUUCUAAGCGGACUGCAAGCAGAUGCGUAGCAUUUGCUGCAUGAGUUAAUUCCGAAGUAUAAAUUUGCUCUGGCAAAUGUAUACACCUCAUGCUAGCCUCACAAAACUGGAAUAAGCCUCUGAAAAGCAAUUGUCCUUGAAGCUUGUAUCUGAUAUCAGCACUGGAUUGUAGAACUUGUUGCUGAUUUUGACCUUGUGUUCAAGUUACCUGUUCCUUUGGCGUAUGUUUAAUACCCUGUAUAUAUCUUUGGUUUAAAUCAAUACAUGGGGCUUGGUCACUUGGUGGCUGAGUGAGAACAUG